GUAACCCAUAUCUCUCCCUCUCUAACUUGUGUCCUUAUCUUCUGUAACGUUCUCUCUGGUGGACCUGGCUCUCCCCACAUGAAAUACAAACUUCUCUGAUUUCUUUGACCCUUCGCCUUCAAUCAUCAACCCUUGAAAUUGUUCUUAUUCCUCUAUUUAAGCUCUUACAUCACUGUGAAACAUUUGAGGCCAUGACCAAGUGCUUGAUUGUGUAUGCUUAAUACAGAGGAAGAAGAUGACUGUAACAUAUCAAGAAAGUUACAUAAGGAACUCUAGAGGAGUGCAGCAAUUCUCUUGUAGAUGGUUGCCUUUCUCUUCUCCAAAAGCUCUUGUUUUCCUCUGCCAUGGGUAUGGCACAGAGUGCGGUGGAUUCAUGAGAGAAAUUGGAAUUAGACUAGCAGGAGCAGGAUAUGCUGUAUUUGGAAUCGACUAUGAAGGACACGGACGCUCCUUCGGUGCUCGUUGUUACAUCAAGAAGUUUGAAUAUAUAGUGAAAGAUUGCCAUGACUAUUUCAAAUCUGUUUGUGCGGAGGAAGAGUUCCGGGGCAAGGGCAGGUUCUUGUAUGGGGAAUCCAUGGGAGGUGCAGUGGCUCUACUUGUGCACAAAAAGAACCCAACCUUCUACAAUGGUGCUAUUCUUGUUGCUCCAAUGUGCAAGAUAUCAGAGAAGGUGAAGCCACACCCUGUAGUGAUCAACAUAUUGACCAGUUUUGAGGAGAUCAUACCGAAAUGGAAGAUUGUUCCUACCAAAGACGUAAUUGAUUCUGCAUUCAAAGACCCCGUUAAGAGGGAAAUGAUAAGGAAUAACAAGCUGAUAUACCAAGACAAACCUCGACUGAAAACUGCUCUAGAAAUGCUCCGAACCAGCAUGAGCCUUGAGCAUACUUUACAUGAGGUGACAUUCCCAUUCUUUGUGCUGCACGGCAAAGCAGAUACAGUUACCGACCCGGAAAUAAGCAAGGCGUUGUAUGAGAGAGCGAGCAGCAAAGACAAGAUGAUCAAAUUGUACACAGGAAUGUGGCACGGCUUGACAUCAGGCGAGCCUGAAGAGAACAUUGCCCUUGUUUUUGCGGACAUCAUCGCUUGGCUCGACAAGCAUACUGGCGAAGGCAGUGCCAUUGAGGUUCAACCGGUCGAGGAUGACACGGACAUGCUUCGUACUAAACCAGCAUCACCUACAAAGGUGGAUAUAAUUGAGAGACUCGCUACCUCGGCUUCGCCUGCAAAGAAGGGAACUUAUUUUUGUGGAUUGAAUGGACGUCGCUUGCUCCAUCUCUCUGCAAUGUAGGCUAAUCUUGGUGCUUCUGAUCAUGGCUAUUGUUAAGUUUCACUGUGUCAAAACACUUGAAAUGUAGGUUUUGAAAGGGAAAUGCACAAUAAAUAUUGCUUCUUACUAUUUAUCUAUAGAAGUUGAAUAUGUAUUUGCAUAUUUAGGGCUCUAGAGUAUUUGUCGUUCUGAAAAUACUGAAGAAGAUGUAGAAAUAAGAAAUUAGACAUUUCGUGUCUUUUUAUUAUUAUUA